AUGAAUGGUGCUCCAGCCCAAAAGUUCAAGGUUGCUGACAUCUCGCUGGCCGCCUUUGGCCGCCGCGAGAUCGAACUGGCCGAGAUCGAAAUGCCCGGCCUGAUGGCCAUCCGCAAGAAAUAUGCGCAAGAUCAGCCUCUUGCCGGUGCCAGAAUUGCAGGCUGCCUUCACAUGACCAUCCAAACCGCCGUCCUCAUCGAAACCCUCAAAGCCUUGGGUGCCGAAGUCACCUGGUCCAGCUGCAACAUCUUCUCUACCCAAGAUCACGCUGCGGCCGCCAUUGCCGCCGGUGGAACGCCGGUCUUUGCAUGGAAGGGAGAGACCGAAGAAGAAUACAACUGGUGUCUGGAACAACAGCUGCUGGCUUUCCCCUCCGGAAAGAGCCUCAACCUCAUCCUCGACGAUGGUGGGGACUUGACGGCCCUGGUGCACCACAAAUACCCGGAGAUGCUGAAAGAUUGCUAUGGCGUAUCGGAAGAGACCACCACUGGUGUCCACCACCUCUACCGAAUGCUGAAGGCCAAGAAGCUAUUGGUUCCUGCCGUCAAUGUCAACGACAGUGUCACCAAAUCCAAGUUCGACAACCUCUACGGCUGCCGAGAAUCCCUGGUGGACGGAAUCAAGCGUGCCACGGAUGUCAUGAUCGCUGGCAAGAUUGCUGUUGUGGCAGGCUAUGGCGAUGUCGGCAAGGGAUGUGCUCAAGCGCUUCACGGUAUGGGUGCGCGUGUGAUGGUCACCGAAGUCGAUCCUAUCAACGCCCUCCAAGCGGCCGUGUCUGGCUACCAGGUUGUCACCAUGGAUGAUGCGGCCUCACAGGGCCAGAUCUUCGUUACCACCACCGGCUGCCGGGAUAUCAUUGUCAGCCGACACUUUGAAGUCAUGCGAAACGAUGCCAUCGUUUGCAACAUCGGUCACUUUGACAUCGAAAUUGACGUCGCCUGGCUGAAGAAGAAUGCCAAGAGCGUCCAGAACAUCAAACCCCAAGUCGAUCGCUACACUAUGUCCAGUGGUCGCCACAUCAUCCUUCUCGCCGAGGGCCGUCUCGUCAACCUUGGCUGUGCCACCGGCCACUCUUCUUUCGUCAUGUCCUGCUCCUUCUCCAACCAAGUCCUGGCUCAAAUCAUGCUGUACAAAGCUGAGGACGAGGCGUUUGGCAAGAAAUACAUUGAAUUCGGCAAGUCUGGCAAGAAGGAAAUUGGUGUCUAUGUUCUUCCCAAGAUCUUGGACGAGCAGGUUGCUCUUCUACAUCUGGAACAUGUCAACGCCAAGUUGACCAAGUUGACGCCUGUCCAGGCCGAAUACUUGGGUCUUGAAGUCGAAGGUCCCUACAAGUCCGACAUCUACCGAUACUAG